AUGGCAUCGACUGCAUCUGCCGACAUUCGUAAGGAAGUACAAUCCGAUCCGCUCAGUGGUGAUGAUCAGAAUGGUGUGGGUGAGACCGAGGUGCUCUCUCCGGGGUCCCAGAAGCUUCACAGGAAACUCCGUGGACGAGAGGUUCAGCUCUUUGCAGUCGGAGGAGCUAUCGGUACAUCGCUUUUUGUACAAAUGGGCGCAGCCUUGCCCAAAGGUGGCCCGGCCGGCCUCUUUAUCGGAUUCAUUGCGUACGGUACCAUUGUUCUGGCCGUGAAUGAAUGCUUUGCGGAGAUGGUUUGCUACAUGCCCAUUCCGUCGCCCUUCGUGCGCUUAGCCGGGCAUUGGGUAGAUGAUGCCUUAAGCUUCGCAAUGAGCUGGAAUUUCUUCUUGGCCAUGGCGCUAAACAUUCCUUAUGAGAUUGUCGCCAUCAAUGUUCUGCUUACCUACUGGACCGACAAAGUGCCCGUUGCAGCGGUUGUCGUCAUAGUCAUGGUCCUCUAUGGGGUAGUGAACGUCCUUACAGUUCGUUACUUCGGCAUUGCUGAGUUCUACCUGUCGUUCUUCAAGAUAUUCUUGAUGCUGGGCCUGAUUCUCUAUACGUUCGUCACCAUGGUGGGCGGCAAUCCCCACCGUGAUGCCAUUGGAUUCCGAUACUGGAACGACCCAGGAGCAUUUGUCUCACAUCUGGUGCCCGGAGACACUGGCCGCUUUCUUGGGGUGCUGAGUUGCAUGAUCCAGGGCGCAUUCACAAUGGUCGGGCCAGAAUUUAUAUCCAUGGCGGCUGGUGAAUCUGAGCGACCCCGAAGAGUCAUGCGGAAAGCAUUCGCAUCGUUUGGUUGGCGUCUUAUGUUUUUCUUCUGUUUGGGAGCGCUCUGUGUAGGAAUCGUGAUUCCGUACGACGACCCCACGUUGGCUGCCAUGCUGGACGGGAGUAAACAGGGCAGUGGCACCGGUGCCGCGUCUCCCUAUGUCAUCUCUAUGAACCAUUUUGGAAUCAAGGUCCUCCCGGACAUUGUUAAUGUGCUGAUCAUGACCUCGGUCCUGUCCGCGGGAAACAACGUCGUGUUUUCCGCGUCGCGGACCCUAUACGGCAUGUCUUUAGAGAAGAAAGCGCCAAAAUGGGUCUCCAAAACGAACCGAGCCGGAUUGCCAUACAACGCAGUGGCCAUCGCCAUGGCAUUCUCCCUCCUGGGCUUCCUCCAGGUCAGCAACAGCUCAGCCACUGUACUCAAUUGGCUAGUCAGUUGCAUCGCUGGCUGCUAUCUCCUCAACUACUUCGGAACAUGCAUCACCUACCUACACUUCCACGCGUCACUGCGCCGUCAGGGCGUGUCACGCGAAACCCUCCCCUAUCGGGGUCGCUUCCAGCCCUACACGGCGUGGUACGCUCUGGGCGGAACAGGAGUGAUGAUCCUGGUCUUGGGGUAUGACGUCUUUCUUUCCGGUGGUUGGGACCUGGAGUCGUUCUUUCUCAAUUAUGUUAUGAUCGGAUUCUAUGCGCUUACUUUCGUGUUCUGGAAGAUAUUCCGGCGCACGCGGUACGUGGGGAUCGGCAAGGCGGACCUCCAGUUAGGGGGCAUCAAACGAGAGAUUGAUGAGUAUGAGGAGGUCGAAUAUGCCCGGAGAAGAGGAAAACCAGUGGCUUUGCUGGAUCGGAUGUUCGAGUAG